UUCCAUUAAAAAAAAACAAAUAAUUUAGUUAUUUCUUCCUUCUUUUCCUCAUAUUUUCUCAUCAAAUCCCAUUACUUAUACCCUCUUCCAACAUUUUCAUCUCAAAUAAUCAUUCCUAAACCAUACUCUCUAUCUCUUUAUAUUUCUUAUAAUAACAAUUUGUUACCUAUUGUACACAAAAAAUCUCAUAGAAAUGGAAGGAAAACAACCAGCACACACAUUAGAAAUCACCAUUAUUUCCGGACAAAACAUAAGCGUUGAUCGAAAUUCAAAGGGAGAUGAUAUCUAUGUUGUUGUUCGUGCCGAAUCUCUCAACUCUUGCACGACAAAAAUGGUGAAGGAAAAUGAGGGUUUACUUUCAUGGAACGAAAAAUUCUUAUUAGAUAUUCCAUCACAUGCAAAAUCAGUGACGUUUGAGGUACAAUGCAAGAAGUAUAAAGGAGCUCAUCCAAUUGGAGUGGCUAGGAUAGCUCUUUCGGAUUUUCUUGGUGACGAUUCGUCGUUGCAAAGUGGUGUUCAAACUUUGAAUUAUGGGUUGAGGGAUUGGGAUGGUAGGAAAAAUGGUGUUAUUAAUUUUAGUGUGAGAAGGGUGACACAAGAAGGUAAUUUGUGUGUAGAAAAAGAACAAGGUAUCGAGGAUGUGGGGUUGAAGGAUGAGAAGAAUUCAAAUCAUGUUGUCAUUGGGAUUCCAGUUUUGGGUUUUUUGUUUCUCUUAGGUUAUUCUCUUUUCUCUUUUGUCCGUCGAAAGUAAUGUGUUGUAAAAACAAAACUGCUGCAAAAGAUUGAUAUUUGUAUUUUAUUCUUAUAUACAAGAAGGUAUAUAGAUAUUUUGUUUUAAUUAUUUUAGUUUGGUGUGACAAUAAAAAAGAAGGUUUU